AUGGCAAUGCAAGGGACUCUCAACCUGGACUGCAUUGCCGCAGAUCCAUACUCGAGAUAUCUCUACGGGGUUGCGAGCGCCAACGAUGGUUCAUCCACCAACAACUACGGAUACAGAGAAUCGACCAUCAUCCUUGUCAGAUCCAACGCCAGUCCUACAAACCUGGCCACUCUCACUUGGGAAGUAUUCGCACAUACCAACAACAGCAAGGGUCUCUCGUACAGCUACCCGACCUUCACUUCUGUCGACUGUGCAGUGAACGGCAAUGGCGAGGUCACAGCCUUCUUUAGAAGCCCCUAUCGAACUACAUCGCCGGCGACCUUGCUACCAAUGGGGUUUAUCUAUAGCCCUGUUAGUGACACAUGGACCGCUAUCCGGGGUCCGUCCAUGUACGGAUGGACAUCCGACCGCCUCAUCCACAGGUCAUAUUACAUAAACUCUACAUACGGAAAUGCGUUACACUUCUUGACCAGCGAUGUUGGUCACCAGCUCACAAUUGCAGGUGUGGAGUACGAAACCAACAUACUCUGGCCCAACAGCUUUUUUGAGCUGAGAGAAGAAGUCAACGCGUUCAUCAGGCCGGAAACAGUGGACUUUGGAUGGAUCUACAACUCGUUCGACUACUCUCGCCAGGGCUUCUUUUCGACAAACAAGGGCCGGUCAACAAGGUUCAUGACAUACCACGGAGGGACGUUCUUCCUAAGCGGAACUUUUCCGCAGAACGAUUCUUGCCCGGUCAUUUUGACAGCCUCGGUUGGUACUCGACUUGGCGAACCUUGUGCAUACCAGGGUGUGUCUAAUCGUGGGACAUAUAUGGCUCAGCAUUAUGUAUUUGGCGGAGAUCGCAAUGGGAUGGCGUUCUUUGGUGGUGUCUUUGAGGUCGACAAUGUAUUCAAGAUAUACACGACUGAGAAGCAGGAGGGCAGGAAGUACUUCGAACACACUAUAAUCCGGAGCGACAAUUCCUCCAGCUUCUCGGUGGACCAGAACUGGCAGGUCGUAGGGGGUUUGAUCGAGGGACAGGAGCCAUUCGUGGUAGCCCUGACCUCUGUGGGACUAUACCAGUUCACUAUCUUUGGACAAGCUGCAGGAACAUUAGAGGGACCUUACAAGGUCAGGAUCCUGGACAACCUCAACACACUUGACAAUGGAGUUGAGUUGGAGCAGCAGCAGGAACAAAGCAGGAAGAUUAUCGGAGGGGUUGUAGGAGCGGUCGUGUUAAUGGCAGUGUUGGUGGUUGGAUGCUCCUUAUGGCGACGUGCACGGCGCAGGAAGCAAUUCCGCAAGAACGAGAUGGAGGAGAGAGAGCGACAUUUGAAGUCAAUGGAACUACCGUCGUUUGUUGGGAAGCACGAGGUGCACAGUGUGGGCAUCAUCCCCGAGGACGAGUGCAUACCUGAUCACACAAGUUUUCGGACCAUUGGCCCACCGUUAGCAUCGAUACGACCGAGGAUGGAGUCAAGGCUGCCCAAUUACACCUCUUAG